CCCCGCCCCUGGCGCGGCCACGUCGCCGCUGGAGCCGCCGGUCCGUGCCGCCGCCGCGGUUCCUCAGCUCUGGGGUAUCAUGCUAUUCCUUGGUUUGAUUUCCAGCCGUUUAUGAGACUUUAAAUCCCUUGAAAAUGGAUACCUAGUGCUGUCCUUCUGAGGGGACCCUGACUGUUGGUGAUGGCAGAGGUCACGCCUGCGCACAGCUCACGUGCAGCCCCUGAGUGUCCACCAGUCUGAGUCGUCCUGACCAUGGACGGAGCGCCGGCCGUGCAGGGUGCCCUCUUGGAGGAUGGGUCCCGCAAUGGCACCUCAACUCUCCCUGACGCCCUCCCGAAGCCCCUGGACCCGCAGGUGGUGCCGCCUGACCAGUGGGACGAGGCCCAGUGUGCCAGCGCUGAGGCGAGCGGAGCCGUAGAUGUCGGAGGAAGCCCAGACGCGCCCAGCGAGGGGGGCACCCAUCAGAAUGGGCCGACGCCACAGCCCCCAGGCCCGCCGUGGGCUCUCGGUCCCCCGACAAGCCCCAUGGGUCCUGAUGCCCCUCCAGGUGUGGCUGGUUUCCAUGACAACCUAAGGAAGUCUCAGGGGACUAGUGCUGAGGGCAGUGUUAGAAAAGAAGCUUUGCAGUCUCUCAGACUCAGUCUUCCUAUGCAAGAAACGCAACUGUGCUCAGCAGAGGCGUCGCUGCCCCUGGAGAAGGAGGAACAGGUCCGACUUCAGGCUCGGAAGCGGCUGGAAGAACAGCUGAAACAAUACAGGGUGAAGCGGCAGCAGGAACGCUCCAGCCAACCUGCAACUAAAAUGAGACCUUUCAGCACACUGGAUCCGGAACUCAUGCUGAACCCAGAAACCUUACCAAGGGCCAGCGCCGUGGCUAUGACAAAGGAAUAUUCCUUCCUCCGCACCAGCGUGCCUCGGGGGCCGAAGGUGGGCAGCUUAGGGCUCCUGGCACAUCCUAAGGAGAAAAAAAGUUCCAAAUCAAGCAAAAUUCGGUCCCUGGCAGAUUACAGAACUGAAGACUCAAACGCUGGGAAUUCAGGUGGAAAUGUUCUGGCCACAGACUCCAGCAGGGGCUCCCUGCAGCAGAACCGGAGCAGCUCGACGUCCGUGGUGUCUGAGGUCAGCCUGUGCCCCGAGGCCGACGACCUGGAGAGCUCGUCGCUGACUGGAGACAACACAUCUGAGGCCGACGGGAACGAGAGCGACAGCUCCUCCUGCAGCGGCGUCUCCACCCGGGGGGUGCACCGCUUGCCGGUGAACCGCGCCGUCAUGCGUGAGGCCUCCUACAUGGUCAAUGGCCAGGAGAUUGCUGCCAGUUCCCUGGGCCAGUUCCCAUCUAUCGCAGAUGUCCUCCAGGCUGCCGCAGCUGAACACCGAGACAGGGGCCCCGAGGUCAAUGGGGAGACGCGGAGCCGGACAGACAGCAUCUGCAGCAGCGUGUCCAUGGAAAGUUCUGUGGCUGAAACUCAGGAUGAGAUGUUGCAGGUUCUUAAAGAAAAAAUGAGACUCGAAGGACAGCUGGAAGCCUUAUCCCAGGAGGCCAGCCAGGCACUCAAGGAAAAGGCGGAGCUGCAGGCACAGCUGGCAGCCCUGAACACACGGCUGCAGGCCCAGGAGGAGCACAGCCACAGCAGCCGGCAGAAGCAGGACGCGCUCACUUCGGAGGUGGACACGCUGAAGCAGUCAUGCUGGGACCUGGAGCGGGCGAUGAGCGACCUGCAGAACACGCUGGAGGCCAAGAACGCCAGCCUGGCGUCCUCCCACCGCGACCUGCAGGUGGCCGAGGAGCAGUACCAGCGCCUCCUGGCAAAGGUGGAGGAGAUGCAGAGCAGCAUGCUCAGCAAGGACAGCACAGUGCACGACCUGCGACAGCAGAUGACGGCCUUGCAGAGCCAGCUGCGGCAAGUGCAGCUGGAGCGCACGACGCUCACCAGCAGGCUGAAGGCGUCCCAGGCGGAAAUCGCGUCUCUGCAGAGCGUUCGGCAGUGGUACCAGCAGCAGCUUGCCUUGGCCCAGGAGGCACGGGUCAGACUGCAGGGCGAGAUGGCGCACAUCCAGGUUGGACAGAUGACCCAGACAGGCCUCCUGGAGCACCUGAAGCUGGAGAAUGUGUCCCUGUCACAGCAGCUGACGGAGACCCAGCACAGAUCCAUCAAGGAGAAGGAGCGCAUAGCCCUGCAGCUCCAGGGCAUCGAGGCUGACAUGUUGGACCAAGAAGCUGCCUUCGUGCAGAUUCAAGAGGCGAAGACGAUGGUGGAGGAGGACCUGCAGCGGAGGCUGGAGGAGUUUGAGGAGGAGAAGGAGCAGCUGCAGAGCAUGGCGGCCUCAGCAGCAGCCCUGGAGCAGCAGCUGGAGCAGGUGAAGUUGACCCUGCACCAGCGAGACCAGCAGCUCCAGGCCUUGCAGCAGGAGCACCUGGACCUGCUAAAGCAGUUCACCUCGACCCAGGAGAUGCUGCAGAGCCGGGAGCAGGCCCUUGGUGACCUGCAGGUGCGCUACGAUGAUCUGCAAGCGCGGCUGGAGGAGCUGCAAGGCGAAGCCACCUCCAAGGACGACACCAUCCACUUCCUGCAGAAGGAGAAGAUUGUCUUGGAGGUGGCCCUGCAGGCAGCCAGGAGCGGUGGGGAGGAGCUUGACAGAGGAGCCAGACGCUUGGAAGAAGGUGCUGAGGAGACGUCGGAAAUUUUGGAGGAGCUGAGACAGGAAUUAGCCGUCAAGUCCAGCCAGGUGGAGCACCUGCAGGAGGAGGCUGCCUCUCUGAAAAAGCAGACGCAGAAAAUAAAGGAACAGUUUCUUCAACAAAAGGUGAUGGUGGAGGCCUACCGACGGGACGCUGCCUCCAGAGACCAGCUCAUCAGCGAGCUCAAGGCCACAAAGAAGAGGCUGGACACGGAGGUGAAGGAGCUGAGGCGAGAGCUGAUCCAGCUCCAAGGGGACAAGAAGUCCGUGGAGGCGGAGCGGGCGCGCUUACAGAAGGAGGUCUCCCAGGCCCAGCAGCAGAUGGCAGCUCUCGAAGGGCAACUGGAGUCAGUGCAGCGGGAGCGCGACGCGAUGGAGACACACCUGCAGUCUCUGCAGUUUGAGAAGCAGCAGGUGGCUGCACUGACGGAAGCCAACGAGGUGCUCAAGUCACAGAUUGAAGAACUGCGGCAGGGAGCCGCCAGGGCGAUCACCGAACAGAAGCAGAGGGUGACGCGUCUGGGCUCGGACCUGAGCAGCGCUCAGAAGGAGAUGAAGAGCAAGCACAAGGCCUACGAGAGCGCUGUGAGCAUCCUCAGCCGCCGCCUGCAGGAGGCCCUCACGGCCAAGGAGGCGGCCGAGGCCGAGCUGAGCCAGCUGAGAGCCCAGGCGGCUGGCGGCCCCAGUGACCUCACGCUGCACGAGAGAAUCCAGGCCCUGGAGUUGGAGCUGCAGACUGUGGGCCACAGCAAGGUGAUGCUGGAGAAGGAGCUGCAGGAGGUCAUCGCACUGACCAGCCAGGAACUGGAGGAGUACCGGGAGAAGGUGCUGGAGCUGGAGGACGAGCUUCAGGAAUCCAGGGGCUUUAGGAGAAAGAUAAAGCACCUCGAGGAGUCAAACAAGAAGUUAGCUCUGGAGUUGGAGCACGAGCGAGGGAAGCUCACGGGCCUCGGCCAGUCGAGCGCGGCUUUACGAGAGCACAACAGCGUGUUGGAGACAGCGCUGGCCAAGAGGGAGGCCGACCUCGUGGAGCUGAACCUCCAGGUUCAGGCCAUCAUGCAGCGCAAGCAGGAGGAGGACCGCCAGAUGAGGCACCUGGUGCAGACCUUACAAGCCGCCCUGGAGAGAGAGAAGCUGGAAGUGCACAGCCUCAGGGAACAGGUGGCUGCAGCCAAAGCAGAAGCAGGGCAUAACCGCCGCCACUUCAAGGCCGCCACCUUGGAGCUGAGUGAGGUGAAGAAGGAACUGCAGGCCAAGGAGCUUCUGGUGCAGACACUGCAGGCAGAGGCUGAGCGUCUCCAGCUUCAGGAAGGGACACAUGCCCAGGAAGUCGCACAGUUCCAGGCAGAGCUGGCAGAGGCGCGGACGCAGCUGCAGCUGUUGCAGAAGCAGCUGGAUGAGCAGCUGAGCAGCCAGCCAGCAGGAAACCAGGAGAUGGAAAACCUCAAGUGGGAGGUGGAUCAGAAGGAGAGAGAAAUCCAGUCCCUGAAGCAGCAGCUGGACCUGACUGAGCAGCAGAGCAGGCGGGAGCUGGACGGGGCUGAGCGGUCUCUGCAGAACAUCAAGUCUGAGCUGGAGAUGGUGCAGGGAGACCUGUCCAUGACCCAAAAGGACAAGUUCAUGCUCCAGGCCAAAGUGUCGGAGCUGAAGAACAACAUGAAAACUCUGCUGCAGCAGAACCAGCAGCUCAAGCUGGACCUGCGACGGGGUGCGGCCAAGAUGAGAAAGGAACGGAGAGGCGAGGCCAGCCCUUCCAGCCCUGUGACGCCAGUGAAGAUCCCCGACUGCCCGGUCCCGGCCGCGCUGCUGGAGGAGCUGCUGAGGCCCCCGCCCGCCGUGAGCAAGGAGCCCUUGAGGAACCUCAACAGCUGUCUCCAGCAACUGAAGCAGGAGAUGGACAGCCUACAGCGCCAGAUGGAGGCACACGCUGUCACUGUUCAUGAGUCGCUGUCCUCGUGGACUCCAGGGGACCCCGCCACCAGCCCUGCUUCCCCAGGCACCCAUGCCAACCCCGGAGGAGACACAGAGCCACCUGAUCCCAGCAGGGCAUCCAGAGAGGGGCUGGGAAUGGCAACCCCCAAGCAUCCCCACCCUGAGUGUGUGUAACUGCCCGGAUAGUCCCUCUCAAGGUUACGUAUAUGACUAAGCUCUGUUUCUUUUACCAAUGGAAUUUAAGUUGUGUGUUUGCCUUUAUAAGGGGCAAAAUAACAAGAGCCACCUGCAGACCACAACCACCUUCCCCACAAAGUGACCAAACCUUAAAAUCCUGGGUGAGCUUUUGGUGACGGUGUUGGAAGGUCUCUGAGGGUCACUUGCAGGAGACAAAACCUCACAAGUGACCUAGACGCGGCUUUGCAGCCACUGGUCCUGGGGAACCUGGUCGUGGGUCUACUUCCUCACUCCCCGUGGGACCCAGUACAAGUUCACCUCCUGCGGAAGUGAAACUUUAUUUGCACCUUCGGUUUUUAUUUUAUUUUCAUAGCCAUCCCACCAUAGGACAUGUAUGUAAAUACUGAGAAUCAUAAUCUAAUCUUUAAAAAGUAUGUCCUCAAAUUAUUUAAAAAGACCUAAAUUGUCUGCUUUUUGAUGAUUGCCUUUUGAAAAUCUGCUGUUAGGAAAUAAUGUACAUGUAGGAUUAAGGGAUGUCAGUCAGAAAAUUAUAUUUUAAGAAACAAUUAUUUUAUUUACCUUUAAAACCAAAUAUUCUUAGACAAAGAGCAUUCUGGUUUUUGUUUCACUUUGAGUGUCUUUUCCUUGUCAUAAGUGCACAAUGUCCACCUGUCCUGAUUCUGCUUGACCUCACCCUGACCAUCCCCCAGGGAGGCCCUGUGGUCACCAGGGGCGCCCAAAAGGAUGCCACAGUCCCCACGUGUGGGCCUGACGUGUGAGGUCAAGGCACAGGCCGGGGGAUAGGUGGGGCUCCAACCCAGAUAACAGCUUCUCCAGGCUGCACCUUCUGUGCUCUGGGUGGCAGUAUGCACCGAGACCUGUGGUCACUGGAGACAUCAGAGACAUGUGGGACUUGGUGGUGACCGCUAUCAGGAAGUCCAAGAUUCUUUAAUGUCUCAUCUGGAGCACAGUGAAGUUUCUGGAAGAGGCAGGUUGCCCCAAGGGAAAAAGGUGGUGAGGUCCCCACGCUCUCUCAAGUUGGAAAAUCUGUCUGAAACCGGGCACCAUGAGUAUGUGAAGUUUGCCUGCACCUGUGGUUCUACCUGAGGCACUUACACCCAGAAGAAACUGACUGGUUAUGGGACUUGAGAGCUGUAAACUUGUCCCCAAGUUUGCUAGGAAAACCUAAAAUAUUUAUUUUAACAAGUUAGAUCUGCUGCUCUGAAGGUGAAAUGAUGUGUUCAGACCCAGCAUCACGCGAGCCUUGUGUGACUUGUGUCUCAUUUGUGGAGAAGAGGCUGUUUUUAAGCUGUGUUCUCUUACGCUGUCAGAAGGUUCAUUGAUAAAGUAGUGUUAACACAAAGAUGUUGUUUAAAAAAGGUUCCCUAGCAAGUAUUGGGACUUCUAAAAAACGUGUCUCAUUUGUACAGGGUCAAUCUUGAAUACUUGAAAACUCAUCAUAAAUGUAUUCUACUUUGCAUAAUAGUUGGAAAUCAUCUUUGAAAAAAAUUGUUUUUCUACCAUUGGAAGAGAAAGAUGAUAAUUUAUGUUAUUUUGGCUGCAUUACCCUUGUUUUAAUUUUAAAACCAAGAAAUGGCCCUCAGCUCCAGAUGCCACGGAAGGCCCGCCAGUCGUCAUUGCGUCCUUUCUCUUAGGAAACAUUAAUUCUGAGUGUGUCCGGCAAGGGGAGGCCAGUCUGUCCUCAACCCCUUCCUUGGUCUGGCCACCCUCCACAUGCACGUGUGCACACGCGUUCUCGGGCUGCUUGUCCUUGCUCUGUGCCACCUUCGUCUUCAGUUCCCAUACUUCAGUCCAGCCAGCGCCCGGCUGGCUUUGGGCUGGAAUUCAGGAGCUCACGUGAUGUUUCCUGCGGGCUCCUGCUUUCUUAUCUCCACGGGACUCUACUGUCACUUCUACCUCCCAACGAGUGAAACAUUCUUCUGUGUGGGAACAAGUGGGAAUUAGGAAUUGACUCGUGAAAACCAGCAGUCGCAUCCAGAGUAUCUGUAACGACAAGCUCCCCACUGCACUGGAUUGGUGUGUCUUUUUCAUCCUGUGUGUGAACACGCCGUCACACCCUCACUCAGAGGAUGCUGGCUUGGACACCUCAUGAUGUCAUUACUUGCUUUUCUUAAGUUGCAAAAAAAUACUUACUGCAAUGAGAUUAUCAUUCAUUUCUCCACAAUAUGUAUCAGGUCGAUGCCACAGAUCUGACAGGUUUUGUCCUACAGGGUGGGGCGAAAGGAGGUUUAUAGUUGUUCGUGUGGAAAAUCAUACACGGCCGCCGGCACGGGGGUCAACUUGCUUCCGGCACUCAGAGCUGCAGGCCUGCCCUGCCCUGCGCUGUGUCUGGCGGGGAACGGGCUCCAGGUCCCAGGGGCCGGGCGCCGGUGGCCUCACCGGGCCCCUCGCCGCGUAGGCCUUUCCUGGUCUAGGGUUACUGCAGAGUCACCGCGACAUACAUUUCUACUUCAUGUGUAUUUUUUUAACAAAAAUUAAAUGUGUAAAUAUUUCUGGCAGCAAGAGGGACCAGCGUGUCUGAAAUGUCCCUUCUUGAGGGACCCCCGCAACGUGGACAGUGCAGUGACACGCGGGACCCUCAGCCUUAUUCACACACGUCCAGUGACCACGUCCCAGGCGAAUCCCGUGUGUGGUGGUCUCAGGUUAUAACAGGGUCCUCGGGGAAUGCUGGAGAGUCUAGAAAGCGCGGAGGUCCUAAGUUAUUUAUUUCGUUAGAAAUUUCCUCAUAAAAGGGAGUCCUCAGGUUGGGGCUGUUCAGGAGAAAGCUGUCACCAUGCACAACAAAUUGUAACUUUAAAAAGCAUGUUGAUUUUUUUUUUUUUUAUAAAUUUAAGCGUGCUUGGGAAUUCCU